AUGGAUUCUACUAUGCGGUGUGUUUUUGCGUGGUGUGAGCAUACGAAUACUUUUGGUAUGUUUGGCUCCGGCAAAUCCUCAGGUGCAUUUCUGAGUUCUGACGCCGGAACAGAACGGGAAGUGAUUGGUCCAGGUGAAGAGUUUACCGAGCUUAAUAAAUACAGGUAUUACGGCCCACUGGAGCAGCAGGCGUUCCUUCACACCCUUCUCGUCAACGAGGUGGAACGCCUGAUGCCGCUGUGGAGCGAGUGGCAGACAAAGCAUCCCGAGGAAUUCGUGAGUGAUGCUAUACGGGAGCGCAAAGCAGAAGACGCGGGAGAGAGCAAGGGUGAUUAUGAUGAUGAUGAGGAGGAGGAGGAGGAGGGAGAGGAGAAGGAGGAGGAGGAGGAGGCGAUGGACAUCUGCCCGGCCCAGGCCAUCCCCGUCCAGAAGAUGCGCAAAAGGACUUGUUCCUGGCUGGACACCCCUCCCCCUAAACGCCAUCUAGGGGCAUAUGGAGAGGGACUAAAGUGGAAAUCCCUCGCCAUGCUAUUAAUAGCCCUUUUGUGCGACGAACUGAGACGGCCCUCUCAACCCUGGUGGAUUGCCUUAACAAUGCUAUCCAUCGGGGAUUUCGGGCCUAAAGAAUCCCUCCCCCGGCGACUGGCGUAG